AUGGGUAUCAAGCAGUUAUUCUCCAUCAUAAAGGAUGAGGCGCCCGACUCUUACAAGGAGGGUGACAUUAAGAAUCAAUUCGGUCGAAAAGUAGCAAUUGUAAGUCUCUGCGUCACCUACCUUCCUGAUCCAUCUUCUGACAUUUUUAAUAGGAUGCGUAUGCAAUCGCCAUACUACGACUUCAAUAA